AUGUUCCUGGGAUUCAUCGUUUCUACGCUUGUUAUCCAUGGUGGUGUGGUGGUGGGAGCACCACGCACCACGCAUAAACCACUCACCAAUUACAAGGACAUUGAUACUGAUACUCCCACUCCGCCCGCUAUCCCGCUCUACCACGCUUCUCCAGGCGUUGACUUGCCCCAGAAGGCUGGAUACGAGGAUAUACACGUCAACGACACCAGCACAAGCAUCGAUCUACUCUUCAUCAUGGAUUCCACCGGUAGUAUGGGCAGCUACCUCGACAACGCCACAAAGAACGUUAUCGAUAUAUGCCAGUCUAUUAUACACUCACAGAAGCUGAUCGGCGAGUCCGCGUUGAGAUUGGGUUUGAUUUCCUACCGAGACAGCAAACCACAGGACUACACGUAUGAAUUCAAGAACUUUGGCUUUACGCACGACUAUGACGAAAUGCGCGAGAAUCUCAAGUCGCUCUAUGCAUCCGGCGGCGGCGACGGGCCAGAAGGUGUAACGAUAGCUAUGCGCGAGGCGGUAUAUGCGAUGCCAUGGCGGGCGCAUGCGAGCAAGAUGGCAGUGCUCGUAGCGGAUGCUCCACCUCACGGUAUAGGGGAGUAUGGUGAUGGCUUUCCCGACGGCUCUCCCUGCGGCUACGACCCGCUUCAACUAGCGCGCGCAAUGGCGAGCUCCUCUAUAACGCUCUUCGUAGUCGCUUGCGAGCCUGCUCUGAGCGGGUACCAGUAUGCGACCGACUUCUUUCGCGCACUCGCCGAUCUCACGGGCGGGCUGCUCAUUCCUCUCGUUUCCGCCAGCUUCCUCGCUCAGGUCAUCAUCGGCAGUGCCCUUGAACAGAUGGAUAUGGAGAGACUUAUCGGAGAAGUGGGUGGGGCGGUCGCCGAGCGCGUACACGGGAUGCAUGAGAGCGUCGACGAUGUCGCACGCGCACUCCACGAAACUCUCAUGUUAAGGAAUGAAAAUACGGGAAGGAUACACGUAGAGAACAUCUACAGAGAUAGCCCGGAAGCUGAACAUAACUUUCAGGUAUGGAGGGGUGUAGCGGGGUUACAGGAGGCGAAAGGGGUCGUGAAAAGGGUACCGGGAUCGCGUUUCACUGAUAAGUAUCUCUCGCAGCGUUACGCGUCUCCACCUUCAUAUUCUUUCACAACAGGUGCACCUGCACUUCCACCACGCGGUGCAAGUGCUGCAAGUGGUAGUAGUGCUAGUGCUUCACACUCACGCAAGCCUCUGUCUUCAUUCGCUGCAUUCGAGGCAUCUCCUCAACAGACGAGCAUCAUGGCUACACCCGUCGGCAGCACCUCGGCGUCGUUUGGCGGGGUCAGAGGGGGUGACGACACGAUGAAUGAUUCUGAUGAGGAGGAAAUGAUAGAAGAGCAGCUAGGUGGGGGUGCUGACGAUGAUGCAACAGAUGCAACAGAUGAUGCCGGCGUCCAAUACCGUCAAGGAGCCAUAACAUACGACCAAGCACGCCGGAUAACAACGGCGAGUGCGUGGAGAUCAUCUAUGGCCUAUCGAUGA